AUGAAACUCUGCAAUCUCUUCGCCGUCGCGGUAUUGGCUCCGACCGCUGCUCUUGCUGCAAAGACUGUCGGCGACCCUUGCGAUCCGGCCACGAUUCUAUUCGGAUGCGAUGGGACGGACUUCUUGCAAUGCACGGUCGAUGGAAAAUGGGUUCUCCAGAACAAAUGCCCUGAUGAGUGCGAGACGGACGCUCAGUACGGUCCUCUCUGCGAUCUUUCCCCGCCAACGGGUACUGCAACACCAAGCACCACAGCCCACCAUCGUCACCGCACCGCUACGCCUGCGGUAACGCACACUAAGAAGCACAUCAAGUCCCACAAAACCAAGGCAACCUACCACACCAAACCGACGCAUAAGAGUCAUCACACGGCGGGAACGCACAAACCCAAGCCCCACAAGACCAAGGACCACAAGACGAUCAAGCGUACGACAAAGACUUUGAAGCUCAAGAAGACCAAGGCGACCCCGACAGCGACCAAAGACCACCAUAAGAAGACCAAGGAGGCCGCGGCGGUGACGAAAAAACACAACAAGGCCAAGCCUACCAACUGA